CGGCGUCGGAUAAUCAUGGUAAUUCAAAGCAAACUAAAUAUUUGUGCAAUAGCAGGUUUUCCAGACCGGGGGCGUGACGUCAGCUGUCUAAUUUGCAUACUGCGCAGUAUUUAUACCGCGCGCUCGCUGCCGGGUCAUCACUUCGCUCCUGAGCAACCAGACGUGCAUCUCUCCCCCUUCAGCUCCACGACAGUAGAACACAGACCCUCUGCAGAAAUGGCUGACAAACCUGACAUCUCUGCGGUCUCAAACUUCGACAAGACCAAGCUGAAGAAGACCGAGACUGCGGAGAAGAACACUCUGCCCACCAAAGAAACCAUCGCCCAGGAGAAAGAGGCUAAUUGAAGCGCUGUGCAUUGUACAUUCCACCAGCCCUUACUACUCUUCUGUUCAAUGUGUAUUCCAAAAGAGGUACUUAACCGCCAUGGCUGUCAAGCCACCACCCCACUAACUCUGCGCGCUGCACAGUAGGGAAGUGUGGCUUUCCGCCAUGUCGUCUGUCGCUGUGGACGCAUCUCUCAAGUGUGGCGGUUGGAGACGACGUGUCAUUAAACAACCCGAGGGGCCCGCCACUUCCCUAUGAUUUGUAACCCUUCUGGCCACUUGUAAAUGCUCACAUGCCAAGCAGUCUUUUUGUAAGAAAAUCUGGAAUGCACAAGCUUGUUAAAUAUGCAAAAUAAAAAUGUAAACUGAC